AUGAAAGUGCAUAAAGUGACAUUCAUAGCAUCAGCAAUAAGCGGUGUAUCUUUGAUGGCAUGCUUACUUGCUAUCCUAAUGAUUUACAGCGAUAUACAAAGAACCUGGAAUCAACUGAAUUCAGAAAUUAGUACAUUCAGGACAACAACCGAUGAUUUAUGGAAAGAUAUGAUGCAACUUGCACGGAAAAAGCGAUUUCGACGACAAUAUGAUAGUAAGAGUGAAGGUCAUGGUGGUACGAGAAAUGACUCAUCAUCAUUUCAACCUGAAAUAACAACAAAUGGAAACGAUGAUAGCACGCGUCCCGAUCAAUACGAAAAUUUGAAAACUGAAACUGUUGGUGCCCCAAAAUGCCGUAUCGAUAAUAACUGUCCAGCAGGUCCGCCAGGUCCCAAAGGACCACCUGGCCAUAAAGGAGAAGAUGGAAUACCAGGAGAGGAUGGUAAGCCGGGUGCUGAUGGGAUGGAUGUUGAACAAAACAAAACUACUACAGGUUGCUUCAGAUGUCCAGUUGGUCCUCAAGGUGCACCAGGAGCUUUGGGACGUCCCGGACCACGUGGGCUAAGUGGAAACAAAGGUCGAGCUGGCCUACCAGGACGAAAUGGAAAUCCUGGUCCACCUGGUGAGCCUGGACCACCAGGACGUCGUGGUGCUGACGGACCAGCGGGGCCAGUUGGUGAGAAAGGCGAAAAUGCUGAGCAUCUGGUAGGUCGUCCAGGCUUAAAGGGUGAGCCGGGAUUACCAGGACCAAGAGGACCACCUGGAGUUAACGGUCGCAAUGCUCCAUCCGGUACCACUGGUCCUCCAGGACCACCUGGAAAUCCUGGACCUGCAGGGCCACAAGGAGCCGAUGGGCCAAGCGGUGAAGUUGGACCUCCCGGACCACCAGGAAAGGAUGCUGAAUACUGUCCGUGUCCAAAACGUGAAGAAGAUGUGGAUGGCUAUGCAAAAUGGAAAAUGAAGAAAAUGUGA